GAUGCUGCUGGUCAGGCCCGCUGAAAUGGGCGAGCAUAAUCUUCUUAAUCCAGGGUUUGUGGGACCUUUGGUAAACAUCCAUACAGGAGAUACGUUUUACCUGCCAAAUUUUAGAGCAUCCGGGGGACAGCUGGCGGGUCUACCCUCACUCUCUUACCCACGAAGGGAGAAUGUGUGCUCCCUCCCAUGGAACACAGCGGAGCCGUGCAAUGGAUACCCUCAAUCCUAUUUUAGCAGCCCUGUGUCCAUAAACCCUUCUUUCAACCGCGGGUGCGAAAUAAACCGGCAAGACGAAGGCAAAUGCUAUUACAGCAACGCUGUAGGACACCGGGAGACCUGCACGGAGGGUGGCGGUCUGAAACGGGAGGACAGGGCGCUGAACACUUCUUCAUUAUCGUCUGAUAACGGACUGCGCAACGGAAUGAGCAGCAGUGGCGUAUUUCCUAAAUUUGACUAUGGGACAGAGCAGGGCACCCAGGACCCAUCGUCCUGUCCGUCCCUGGAAUCUGAUUCCAGUUCUUCCCUGCUCAACGAAGGGGGAAAACCAGUUGCCAACAACAUCCCUCAGACAUUAGCAUCUCCUGGCAGUCAGGCAGGCAAUAUACCCGCAGGCGGAGGUGCCCCGUGGUAUCCCAUGCACACCCGGACCCGCAAGAAACGCAAACCAUACUCCAAACUGCAAUUGGCCGAGCUGGAAGGCGAGUUCAUUCUCAACGAAUUCAUCACGAGACAGCGGCGGAGGGAGCUCUCUGACCGCCUUAAUCUCAGUGACCAACAGGUUAAGAUCUGGUUCCAGAACCGGCGCAUGAAGAAGAAAAGACUGUUGCUAAGGGAGCAAGCCUUGUCCUUCUAUUAAGGACGAGCCACUUGGCAGUGCAGCAGUGAAUGGGAAAAGACGUCUUCUGAUCGUACCAUUCCAUUUGUUUCUUCAGUUCCCAAAGCAUGUGCGAGAAGUAUUGGAAACCUACGAGUCGUAAUUUAGAAAACCAGCAUGUACAAAACACACAAAGUAUUGUAGUUGCUAGUGUAUUAUUGUAAAAUACCAAAUAACAGACCCUAAAAUUGUGAUUAUAAUAUCAGAAGAAAUUGUACGUAUUGUUGUAUUGUUUUUGCUACAACUAUUCUCCAUAGCGAAAUGUGCCCUCCAUCAACAUAACCGUUUUGCUGCAGUCUUUAACGCAAUAUUCUCCUUAAAGGUUAUGCUGCUGAUAGAAAAAAAAAAAAAAAGUAUUUUGAGGUUGUCGCCACAGUUAGAAAAUUUACUGUUCUUAAGUUCUUCAAAAUCACAUUGAAAUGAAGCUGUGUUUAAUACAUUACAUAUCCAUCUAUGCAGGGAUUGUACUUUAGUCUGAAAUCAGAAUACACGCUCGCUAUUAAAGGCAUAAUUGUUAACGUUCUUAAUUGUUGUGAAACCCAUUCCUA